GCACCAUGUGGUUGUGUAUGGGAGUGUGUGUGUAAGUGUGUGUAAGUGUGUGUGUAAAUGGCUCCUCCUGCCACUGAAAACCGAAAUCGGAGCGCCUGGACAGUAAAACCGCUUCCCCUGAGCUCAGACCAAGCAGAUUCUCAGUGCAAUGCACUUUAGGCUUUUAUUUACAUUUUCCGAGCUCAGCACAGUGUAAGGAUCCAGAGGAAAGGGCUGCAGCGGUGUGUGUUUUGACCAGAAACCCGUCAAAUGAACUCCGUCAGAGCGACGAACCGCAGACCCCGGCGAGUGUCGAGGCCGCGCCCGGUGCCGCCUGACAGAAACAACGCAGAAAGAGAUGAGGAAGUUCCUGCCGAGAUGGUUGCAGAAGAAUCUGGUCAAGGCGCUCAAAAUAGUCCGUACCAACUUCGAAGAAAAUCUCUGUUACCGAAGAGAACAGCUUGUCCAACAAAGACCAACAUGGAGGGUGCUUCCACGUCAACAACAGAAAACUUUGGGCAUCGGGCAAAACGUGCCAGAGUGUCAGGAAAAUCACAAGAUCUGCCUGUCACCCCAGCAGAGCAGUACCUGCAGGUGAAGCUUCCAGACGAGGUGGUUCUGAAAAUCUUCUCCUAUCUGUUGGAGCAGGACCUGUGUCGAGCGGCCUGUGUGUGUAAACGCUUUAGUGAACUGGCCAAUGACCCCAUCCUCUGGAAGAGACUCUACAUGGAGGUUUUUGAGUACACACGUCCCAUGAUGCACCCCGAGUCUGGGAAGUUCUUCCAGAUCAACCCAGAAGAGUAUGAACAGCCCAAUCCCUGGAAGGAGAGCUUUCAGCAACUGUAUAAAGGCGCUCACGUGAAGCCCGGCUUCGCAGAACAUUUCUACAGCAACCCGGCCAGAUAUAAGGGACGAGAAAACAUGCUGUAUUAUGACACGAUUGAAGACGCUCUGGGAGGAGUUCAGGAAGCGCACUUUGACGGUUUGAUAUUUGUCCAUUCUGGGAUCUACACAGACGAAUGGAUCUACAUCGAGUCGCCCAUCACAAUGAUUGGCGCUGCUCCGGGGAAAGUAGCGGAUAAAGUCAUCAUCGAGAACACUAGAGAUUCAACGUUUGUGUUCAUGGAGGGGUCAGAGGACGCAUAUGUAGGAUAUAUGACAAUAAAGUUCAAUCCUGAUGACAAAUCAGCUCAACAUCACAAUGCUCAUCACUGUCUGGAGAUCACCGUCAACUGCAGCCCCAUCAUUGACCACUGCAUCAUCCGCAGUACCUGCACAGUGGGCUCUGCAGUGUGUGUGAGCGGCCAGGGAGCAUCACCCACCAUCAAACACUGUAACAUCAGUGACUGUGAGAACGUGGGGCUCUAUAUCACAGACCAUGCGCAGGGCAUUUACGAAGACAAUGAGAUCUCCAAUAAUGCUCUAGCAGGGAUCUGGGUGAAAAACCACGGCAACCCCAUCAUCAGACGGAACCACAUCCAUCACGGCAGAGACGUCGGGGUGUUCACGUUUGACCACGGCAUGGGCUACUUUGAAAGCUGCAGUAUCCACAGGAACCGGAUAGCAGGUUUCGAGGUGAAGGCGUAUGCUAACCCUACGGUAGUACGCUGUGAGAUCCAUCACGGACAGACGGGCGGCAUCUACGUGCACGAGAAGGGCCGAGGCCAGUUCAUCGAGAACAAGAUCUAUGCAAACAACUUUGCGGGCGUGUGGAUUACCUCAAACAGCGACCCCACGAUCAGGGGUAACGCCAUAUUCAAUGGCAACCAGGGUGGUGUUUACAUAUUCGGCGAUGGCCGAGGUCUCAUUGAAGGGAACGACAUCUAUGGCAACGCUUUAGCUGGAAUCCAGAUCCGGACCAACAGCUGCCCAAUCGUCCGGCACAACAAGAUCCAUGACGGACAGCAUGGAGGCAUUUAUGUGCAUGAGAAGGGUCAGGGAGUGAUCGAGGAGAACGAGGUGUACAGUAACACUUUGGCCGGUGUGUGGGUGACCACAGGCAGCACACCUGUACUGCGCAGAAACAGGAUACACAGCGGAAAACAGGUGGGGGUUUAUUUCUAUGAUAACGGUCACGGAGUGCUAGAAGACAAUGACAUCUAUAACCACAUGUACUCUGGAGUUCAGAUCAGAACUGGCAGCAAUCCCAAAAUCAGGCGGAAUAAGAUCUGGGGUGGACAGAACGGAGGAAUUCUUGUUUACAAUUCAGGUUUAGGCUUUAUCGAAGACAAUGAGAUCUUUGACAAUGCCAUGGCCGGGGUUUGGAUCAAGACCGACAGCAACCCCACGCUCCGCAGAAACAAGAUCCACGACGGGCGGGACGGAGGAAUCUGUAUAUUCAACGGAGGACGAGGGUUGCUGGAGGAGAACGAUAUCUUCAGGAACGCUCAGGCCGGAGUCCUCAUCAGCACUAACAGUCACCCUGUGCUGCGCAAGAACAGGAUAUUCGACGGUUUUGCAGCUGGUAUUGAGAUCACGAAUCAUGCGACGGCAACAUUAGAAGGCAAUCAGAUUUUCAACAACCGCUUCGGUGGAUUGUUUCUCGCGUCUGGCGUCAACGUCACGAUGAAAGGUAAAGUGGAAGCAUCUUCACUCACUUUUACUCACUUCAUGAUCCAGUGGACUUUAAGUGAACAUUAUUCUCAUUUAAUCUUCACAGACAACAAAAUCAUGAACAAUCAGGAUGCCAUAGAGAAAGCGGUGAGCAGAGGUCAGUGCCUGUACAAGAUUUCCAGUUACACCAGCUAUCCAAUGCACGAUUUUUACAGGUGUCACACCUGUAACACCACAGACCGCAACGCCAUCUGUGUGAACUGCAUCAAGAAGUGUCAUCAAGGGCACGACGUAGAGUUUAUUAGACACGAUAGGUUUUUCUGUGACUGCGGUGCAGGGACUCUGUCGAACCCUUGCACACUAGCCGGAGAGCCGACGCACGACACAGACACGCUGUACGAUUCGGCGCCUCCUAUAGAGUCCAACACGCUGCAGCACAACUGAAGCGGAGCCGCUCCGAACCGACAGACUCCAUGUGCUCAGAUGAGAUUACACGCUAGAAAUAAUUCAAUUUUAUUCAAACAAACUCUUGGAGAAAGAAAGCAUUGCGUAAACGCAGAGAGGAAACAUUUCUAUUUAACAAACGUUCUGCUGUGGAUCCCGUUUGUCCCUGCCGCUCUAGGGACGGCGGCGGCGACUCAGGAUUCGUGGGAUGGAAAAUGACGAGAGAAACGGACCCAAGGCGUAUAGACUCGAUGCUUCCCAUGCAGCCGUCACCGCGCUCUUGUAUAUGUACGGAAAAAAAAUGACCCAGCACUUCAGUUUUGCUUUUGUUUCAUUUUUUUUUUUUUUUAAAGAUGUUUAGUUCUUGAGGUUUGAUUUUAAUGCUUUCUCAUGUAGUUUUGUAUUUUCAAGCAAAAAUCUUAAAUGUACUUGAAUGUCUUUUUAUUUUAUUAUAAGUAUAUUAAUUUCGGGGUUGUUUAUACCUUAGAUUGCUGUAUUCGUUCUCAUGUCGCAGGAUGUAUGUUCUUUCUGUGAAAGAGAUUUGAGGAAAAAAAAGAGAAAAGAAAGAGAAACACUAAGUAUUCUCCAGCAAUGUUUUGAGUGUGAAAGUGAUAUGAAGUGUUUUCACGAGGCUGGUGGUAACGAUUCGGCCCAUAUGCAUUAGUCCGGAAGGGAUUUAAAUGAUUAGCCCCGCCCCCUCAUCCUGAAAAAAGCGCGAACCGUUCCAUAAGACGCCAGACUUGCGAAAGCAUCGCGUUCUCGCGCCGCUUCGCUCCGAAUGCCGCGAGCGAGGCGACGUGAGCCGAAGUGGCAUUGCUGGAGAUUUUAAGAGGCUUCGUGCUGAUUUGAAGCUCUGAUGAAUAUCUGUACAGCUUUUUUUUUUUGUGCUUUUUUUCCCCCUCCAUCCAACUGUAUUUGGUGACUGUGGGUUCUCAUACGGCCUGAAUUGUAUGCAUGUUCCAUGACAUCUAGACUUAAUAUAUUGUGAAGUACUCAAUAACCAUUAUGUAGCUGUUAGUAAUUAAUCAAAAGUUUAAUUUCCUAGUCGAAGAGGAACGUGUUACAUUUUUAAAAAUAAACUUUAUUAGAUCA